AUGUGUGAUGCGAGUGAUUAUGAGGUGGGAGCUGUUUUGAGACAAAGGAAGGAUAAAAUCUUUCAUUCCAUCUAUUAUGCUAGUAAGACUUUGAAUGAGCCCCAGAAAAAUUAUACCACAACAAAAAAGAAGCUCUUGGCUAUAGUGUUUGCUUUUGACAAAUUUUGCUCUUAUCUCUUGGGGACAAAGUUGAUAGUUUACAUUGACCAUUCAGCUAUCAAAUAUUUGAUUGCCAAGAAGGAUGCUAAACCAAGAUUGAUACGGUGGAUUCUCUUGCUACAAAAGUUUGAUCUCGAGAUUCGUGAUAGAAAAGGAAUAGAAAAUCAAGUGGCAGACCAUUUCUCAAGAUUGGAGAUUCAAGCUCAAGGUAUGAAUUCAACCUUAAUCAAGGAAACUUUCCCUGACGAACAAAUCCUUCAAGUUAGUAAGAAAUCACCUCCUUGGUAUGCUAAUUUCGAGAAUUAUCUGGUAAGCAAUAUCAUUCCCUCUGAUUUUAAUUUUCGUCAAAAAUACAUUUUGCUUGCUGUUAAUUAUGUCUCCAAGUGGGUUGAAGCGGCAGCCUUUCCUCAUAAUGAUUCGAAGGUGGUGAUGAAUUUCAUCAAGAAGAAUAUUUUCACUCAAUUUGGCCCUCCAAGGGCAAUUAUUAGUGAUGAAGGGAGUCACUUUUGUAACAAGUAUUUUGAUGCAGUUUUGCCAAAAUAUGGAGUUAAACACAAGGUUGCAAUUGUACACCAUCCUCAAACUAGUGGCCAAGCGGAAUCUAACAUCAGCAGGAGUUAUGUCAAUUAUGGUCGUGAGACAUAUACUAGGGCAAGAAGGUCAAGGACAUAUACAAAUGAUGGGAGGGAUUUCAAUGGAUGGAGUUUUGAUUCUCUAUUGAUAGUAGGUGAGUAUUCGGAUGUAUUUUCAGAUGAAUUACCUAGAUUGCAUCUGAAGAAAAAGAUUGAAUUUUGCAUUGAUUUUAUGUCGAAUACGAGGCCAAUAUCUAUACCUCCAUAUCGAAUGGCUCUGGUAGAGCUAAGGAAACUUAAGGAGCAGUUGGAAGAUUUGUUGAACAAAGGCUUCAUUCACCUAAGUGUUUCUCCUUAG